CCAGCGAGGAGUGAAGCUGAGCCUGGCCUCGCACGCUCCUAGAGGACCACCUCCUGAGACAGAGUUCUUUCUCCCCCCUUCUGCUUUCUCCAAGCUCCCCUCCUGCCCUUCCUCCCUGCCCAAUACAAUGCAUUCUUGAGUGGCAGCGUCUGGACUCCAGGCAGCCCCAGAGAACCGAAGCAAGCCAAAGAGAGAGGACUGGAGCCAAGACACUCUGGUGGGGGAGCUUGGAUGCCUGGCUUUCUUUGAGGACAUCUUUGGAGCGAGGGUGGCUUUGGGGUGGGGGGUUGUGCUGCAGGGAAUACCGCCAGGCCCCAAGAUGGACACUUCUGGGCACUUCCAUGACUCGGGGGUGGGGGACCUGGAUGAAGACCCCAAGUGCCCCUGUCCAUCCUCUGGGGAUGAGCAGCAGCAGCAGCAGCAGCAGCCACCACCGCCGCCAGCGCCACCAGCAGCCCCCCAGCAGCCCCCGGGACCCUCGCUGCAGCCUCAGCCUCCGCAGCUUCAGCAGCAGCAGCAGCAACAGCCACCGCAUCCCCUGUCUCAGCUCGCCCAACUCCAGAGCCAGCCCGUCCACCCCGGCCUGCUGCACUCCUCUCCCACCGCUUUCAGGGGCCCCGCUUCAUCCAACUCCACCGCCAUCCUCCACCCUUCCUCCAGGCAAGGCAGCCAGCUCAAUCUCAAUGACCACUUGCUUGGCCACUCUCCAAGUUCCACAGCCACAAGUGGGCCUGGUGGAGGCAGCCGGCACCGGCAGGCCAGCCCCCUGGUGCACCGGCGGGACAGCAACCCCUUCACGGAGAUCGCCAUGAGCUCCUGCAAGUACAGCGGUGGGGUCAUGAAGCCCCUCAGCCGCCUCAGCGCCUCCCGGAGGAACCUCAUCGAGGCCGAGCCUGAGGGCCAACCCCUCCAGCUCUUCAGCCCCAGCAACCCCCCGGAGAUUGUCAUCUCCUCCCGGGAGGACAACCAUGCCCACCAGACCCUGCUCCAUCACCCCAACGCCACCCACAACCACCAGCAUGCCGGCACCACCGCCAGCAGCACCACCUUCCCCAAAGCCAACAAGCGGAAAAACCAAAACAUUGGCUAUAAGCUGGGACACAGGAGGGCCCUGUUUGAAAAGAGAAAGCGACUGAGUGACUAUGCUCUGAUUUUUGGGAUGUUUGGAAUUGUUGUUAUGGUGAUAGAGACCGAGCUCUCUUGGGGUUUGUACUCAAAGGAUUCCAUGUUUUCGUUGGCCCUGAAAUGCCUUAUCAGUCUGUCCACCCUCAUCCUUUUGGGUCUGAUCAUCGCCUACCACACACGUGAAGUCCAGCUCUUCGUGAUUGACAACGGCGCGGACGACUGGCGGAUAGCCAUGACCUACGAGCGCAUCCUCUACAUCAGCCUGGAGAUGCUGGUGUGCGCCAUCCACCCCAUUCCUGGCGAGUACAAGUUCUUCUGGACGGCGCGCCUGGCCUUCUCCUACACGCCGUCGCGGGCGGAGGCGGACGUGGACAUCAUCCUGUCCAUCCCCAUGUUCCUGCGCCUGUACCUGAUCGCGCGCGUCAUGCUGCUGCACAGCAAGCUCUUCACCGACGCCUCCUCCCGCAGCAUCGGGGCGCUCAACAAGAUCAACUUCAACACCCGCUUCGUCAUGAAGACACUCAUGACCAUCUGCCCCGGCACCGUGCUGCUGGUGUUCAGCAUCUCGCUGUGGAUCAUCGCUGCCUGGACCGUCCGCGUCUGUGAAAGGUACCAUGACCAGCAGGACGUAACUAGUAACUUUCUGGGUGCCAUGUGGCUUAUCUCCAUCACAUUCCUUUCCAUUGGUUAUGGGGACAUGGUGCCCCACACAUACUGUGGCAAAGGUGUCUGUCUCCUCACUGGCAUCAUGGGCGCAGGCUGCACUGCCCUCGUGGUGGCCGUGGUGGCCCGAAAGCUGGAACUCACCAAAGCGGAGAAGCACGUUCACAACUUCAUGAUGGACACUCAGCUCACCAAACGGAUCAAGAAUGCUGCAGCCAACGUCCUUCGGGAAACGUGGCUAAUCUAUAAACACACAAAGCUGCUAAAGAAGAUUGACCAUGCCAAAGUCAGGAAACACCAGAGGAAGUUCCUCCAAGCUAUCCACCAACUGAGGCGUGUCAAGAUGGAGCAGAGGAAGCUGAGUGACCAAGCCAACACCCUGGUGGACCUUUCCAAGAUGCAGAAUGUCAUGUACGACUUAAUCACGGAACUCAAUGAUCGGAGUGAAGACCUGGAGAAGCAGAUUGGCAGCCUGGAGUCCAAGCUGGAGCAUCUCACCGCCAGCUUCAACUCCCUGCCGCUGCUCAUCGCCGACACCCUGCGCCAGCAGCAACAGCAGCUCCUGUCUGCCAUCCUCGAGGCCCGGGGCGUCAGCGUGGCGGUGGGCACCACCCACACCCCGCACUCCGAUAGCCCGAUUGGGGUCAGCUCCACCUCCUUCCCGACCCCAUACACAAGUUCAAGCAGUUGCUAAAUAAAACUCCCCACUCCAGAAGCGUUA